AGAAUAAUUACUUUAAUUACUUUGCCGCGUUCAUAGAGCUAAAUUUAAAUUUAGAAUUCCAUGGUGUUUACCAGCAGAACCUUGCCGGCGUACCUUUCAUUUCAUUUUACGCAAUAUUUGAGACGUGCCAGUGCAACGCGCAUCUGGGUCAAGUGUUAACUUUUAUUUAUUAGGAAACAGACAAACAAAUCCGAGAUGUCUUAUUUAUAACCUCAAAACUUGUUUAUCCAUUCAGCUGCCAUUUUCCAAUUGUCAAUUUCACCCCUGGCCUUAAACUUGGCGCAUGCGUUGUGAGCGCGUCGCAAACACCGAAUUAUGGCGUAAAUAAUCUAGUUUUCACCUAAUUCAGCGCCUAGAAUGUUGUCAUGGACGCUUAAAAUAUUAUAAAAAGGCCACAGAGAAUGUAACUUUUCAAACAGUGAAACUUGUGUAUUUAUUUUGGUGAAUUUUGUGUGUGUAAAAAAUAUAGUUUUAUUUUUAAAAUCCUGUGAUAUUAGUUUAAGUGAUCCAGUGAAUAAAAACUGCAAGCAUGGUCGGUGCCCCAGAUGUCAUCAAACCCGUGGAUAAGAUCGACGACUAUUCGCCCCAGCUAAACGGCAACCCCAUCUUUACUAUUAGCGAUGAGAAACUGGCAGACACAGGGGUCACGAUGGGGUCUAUAAACAGCAACGGGGACCUCUGCCCGGGGGAUCCGCCGGACAAAAAGAUUACAGAGGCAGACGCAGAGAAACAACCACUUUCUGGCAAAAAGGAGGAAAAAUGGUGGACGACAAUGAUGCAGGUGGCGGUGCCGUUCUUCAUCGCCGGCUGCGGCACCAUCGGGGCCGGUAUCGUGCUGGGGCAUGUCAGGAACUGGGAAGUGUUUUUGAACGUGUCAGCUAUAUUCGUGUUGGUGCCAUCUCUCUCUGGACUUAAAGGCAACCUGGACAUGUGUCUGGCGUCUCGUCUGUCCACACAGGCCAAUCUCGGAAACAUGACGUCCACGCGGGAAAUUCUGUCCAUGGUCGUCGGAAAUGUGUCGUUAGUGCAGGUACAAGCGAUAGUAGCAGCGACGGUAGUAGCCAUCUUCGCCAUCGUCAUCAACAUCAUCACCGACAAAACCUUCAACGGGGACUAUGUGCUGCUCCUGAUAUCGUCAGCGGUGUUCACCGCGACUACCACUUGUUUUAUAUUAGAUUUCGUACUUGUGAUGGUGAUCAUCUGCUCUCACCGUUUCAAGGUGAACCCGGACAACGUGGCCACGCCGCUAGCAGCCUCUAUCGGCGACAUCGUCAGUAACUCCGUUUUGGCUGUCACUGCGCAGUACAUGUACGAGCAGAUACAUAUAAUUCCUUCCAAGGAAGAGGCCACAGGUCAAGAGGUUCAGGCUGACGUUGGCCCCACGGAGCCCGUUAAAAUUGAAACUUCCCUGUGGCAACCCAUCGUCAUCAUCUGUGUGUACUGCAGCCUGCUCCCCGUCUGGGUAUUCAUCGUGUAUCGCAAUAAACACACAAAGCCUGUCCUCACAACUGGUUGGACUCCUGUUAUUUCUGCGCUGUUCAUCAGUGGAAUCGGUGGUAUCGUCCUCGACCAAGCUGUGGACCGUUUCACGGGCUACGAGGUGUUCCAGCCCAUCGUCAACGGCAUCGGUGGAAACCUGGUCUGCGUACAAUCAUCCAGGCUAGCAACGCAUCUGCAUCAAACAGCGAUUCCAGGAGUUUUGCCCGAGGGGUCCAGGCUGCUGGAGUGGCCUUGGAAGACGCUGUUCUUUGGAACCGCCGCAGCCAAGGUGGCCCGCAUGCUGCUAGUCCUAGCCGUGUUCGGCCAGAUCAUCUUCAUGAUCGUCGCCGACUGGAUCUACAUGGGCUACGUGUCUAUUGGCGUCGCCUUCGGGAUCACGUAUCUCAUCUGCUCUUUGUUGCAAGUAAUGGUGCUUCUAUACAUGGCCUACGUGCUCAUCCAUCUCAUGUGGAAACGGAAGAAGGAUCCCGACAACGCAGCCAUCCCUUACCUGACGGCAUUGGGAGAUCUGCUUGGCUCCGUGUUCCUUGGAAUGGCCUUUGUGACCCUAGCCGCCAUUGGGGAGGACUAUGGGGUGGCUUAGGUUAGACUUGUAAGUCGUCAGGGCUAUGAUCGUUUAUUUCCAGUGAAUGGAGGCUAUCCAUUUAAUAACUAGAGCUUUUAGGAGCAACGGACGGAGGUAGAUGCAUAUCGAAAUUACCUAACUUGUCAAGUAGAUUGAUGUUUAGACCAUUUUGACAAUCUAAGUAUUUAGGUACUUUACGUGGGCAAGUUUAGUAUGUGUCGGCAUUUAUUUUUUCUGUUUCCGAUGGUCAUGUUUUUUUUUUAAUUUUAUCUGCUGCUCGAUGUUUAGGAUCGUCCAAAUUCCCUCUCCUCUUUUACAGGAGUGUGGAGAAUGUAAGAUUCUUUUUAGAAGUUUUUGGUAUGAUUACGGACUUUUAUUGUUAAUUUAUUUAGGUUUUUUUUUUAUAUUGGACAUUUGUAGUGUAAGUAUUGACUAUCAAAUUAGCUUAAGCCCUAAAUGGCUCAAUCAUUAAAGUCCGUAACCAUACUGGUUGGACUGUGAAAGUUUUUUACAAGUUUAAGUUUAUAAAUGAAUUAUUUUUAUUAUUUUAUAGUAUACCAAAGCUACGCUUUAAGGUAUCCGUGCAAUUUUAAUACAUUCCUUCAUUUUAGUGUCGUUUUGUAUUUUAUUUGGAUUUGUUGUAAAUAUUCAGUAUUCAAAUUCAAUAAAAGAGAGUAAAUACAGUAUUUUGCUGAAAAUUGAGAAAUUAUAAAGACAAUUAAGUAGUUUUAGCGGUGCCAACGUUACUUAUGUAGGUACUUCAAAAUGACGAAUAGAUUAGGUGUGAUAUUUUUAUAAUGGUUUCGGUGGACAUACUAUAAUAAUAGAAAAAUAGUAUUAGAAAGCAUUUAUAAACAUUAUUAAGCGUCAAGACAAGGGAAAUGUCAUCUCUGACUUUUUGAUGAAAGAGUAUUUUCUUGAAAUAAUAAAGCUAAACUAACACAUUAGGUGACUAGGUCUGUAAUCUAAAAUCACCUACAGUCUGUAAUC